GUCAAUCGAAAUUCGCAUUUUGCGGCUCUUAUUCUUAAAAGUCAAAAGAAACUCGUGUUUGUAAUUGCAUUGUGAUUUGUGAAGGAGUUUUCGUUAAAUUUACAAUAAUUUACAUAGAACAAUAAAAAUUUAUAAUUAUAAUUGUUCUUUCCACAUUUAUUUCUAUUAAAUAUGGACGUACUCACCAGACCAGCAGAAGAAUUUGGUAAUGAUGAGACCUUAGAGCAUUUAUGGGCAGCUAGGGCAAUGGAGCAUAGUGAUAUUUAUUUUAAUGUUUUGUGUUCAGUUGAUACAAGGUGGCUUAAACUGACACCACAUGAUGAUCUUAUAUACACACACUUCAGACAAGAUUUCCCUGAUUUAGAUGUAUCAUACAUCAAAGAAGAUGAAAUAAAAAACAACACAAAUAAAGCAAAAUGGCGAGCUUAUUGUGAAAAAUUUAAAAGUAUUGUUGAAGAUUACAGUUUUGGUACAUUAAUGAGGGCAGAUACUAAAGGUGAUUAUUCAGAAUCAAACACAAUACUGGUUCCUCGGGUACAAUUUUAUGCUAUAGAAAUAGCAAGAAAUCGUGAGGGGUUAAACAAUGAAGUAAAGAAAAAAUACAAAUGUGCAUCUAAAGCAAACAUGGAGGAGCAAAAUCAUCAAACUGAAAUUAUAGCAUGAGUUAUCUAAACAUAAGUAUACUGUGUUAAAAAUACAGUCUUGCCAUUAUCAAGAAAUAGAACUAAAAUUAUAAUCACAUGUACUUUAUCAUAGCUUGUACUUUACUACCAUCUUUAAUUCUAUAUAAAAAAAAA